GCUUUAGGCUGCGACACCCUGGUCUAUAUGUCUGAAAGCGAAGGAAGAUUCGGGAAGUGGGUGCGUAGCUCUCUGCAAUGAUCGUAAUGAUAUCGAAAAUGAUCGUUCAUGCUCUGGCUUCGGAUGCUGCCAGACCUCCGUCCCCAAGCACCUCAAAAAUUAUGCUUUUGUGGUUGCAAAUUCCUAGAACACCUCGGAAAUUGACUUCCAAGGUUAUCCAACUGAUGAAACUCCGUCACCGCUUGCCGUGCUUGAAUGGGUGGUCGGAGAGCGAGACUGCAAAGCAAGUGAAGGUCAGUCAGGGUAUUCAUGCGGCCUUAAUGCUGGCUGCCCUUAUUCCGAGACUGGUGGUGGAUCUCGUUGCCAUUGCCUGCCAGGGUUCACCGGAAAUCCCUAUCUCCCGCGAGGAUGCCAAGAUGUUGAUGAGUGCAAGGACCCGAGAAGUUUUCCAUGCCAAGGUACUUGUCGGAAUACCGUUGGGAAUUACACGUGCGACUGCCCGCUUGGCAUGCGUGGUGACGGUAAAGUUGGCUGCAAAAGACUCCGACCAACACCAUUGCAAUAGCCUGUUCCUCGGAGAAGGAGGCUUCGGUUCAGUCUACAAGGGAGUUUCAGGAGACAGCAUCCUAGUUGCAGUCAAGAAGGCCAAAGAUGUGGACAAGGCAAGAAUGAACCAGGAAUUUCAACAUGAAAUCAGCGUUGUUUCUCAGGUUAACCAUAAGAAUGUUGUGAAGCUCUUAGUUGACACAUCAGAUCUGUUGGAUGAUCAUUACACAGCCAAAGUAUCUGAUUUUGGGGCUUCAGCUCUCAUCUCACCAAACCAAACUGGAAUAGGCUCCAAAAUACAAGGGACAUUUGGGUACUUGGAUCCAGAGUAUCUAAUGACUGGUAAUUUGACAGCAAGGAGUGAUGUUUAUAGCUUUGGGGUCGUCUUGGUGGAGCUGUUGACAGGGGAGCAGCCAACUUCACAUAGUAGGGAUGGGGAGAGGAGAAACAUCAUUCAGUAUUUUAUUUCAUCUGUGGAAGAUAAUUGGAUCAUCCAAGUUCCUAAUUUUGAGCCAGCAGAUGAUGGUGAAAUGGUGGAAGUAGAAGCAGUUGCUAAGCUUGUUAAGAGAUGCGUAAAUGGUAGCAGCUUAAAAAGGCCAACCAUGAAGGUUGUCGUGGAGGAGCUCUCAAGGCUCAAAAAGCUCAAUGACAACUUGUGGGCUCAGCAGGGCAAUGAAGAAAUUGAGUGCUUGUUAGGAGAAUCCUCAUUACAUACCAGUUAUGAGUUUUCAAAUAUCAAUAUGGACCAAAUGGAUACAUAUACCGUGCGCACAACGUUUGACUUUGAACAAGGAUCAACUGUUGGCAUCUAGUACUUUCUUCUACUAGUCUUUCAUAUGUAUUAAAUUUAAUUAGUUACAGCAAUUGCAUCAAACAUGCUGUGCAUUUGUGAGGCCUUUCCUUUUCACUUAGUUCUUGCUUCUUGGUUUUCUAUGUAUCCAUAUUCAUUGGAUAAAGUUUCAAGUGAAAG